AUGACCACGUUUCUUCGAGCUUCCGGCGGGUUGCGCUCUUUGAGCCGCCUUGCAACUCCUGCGAGAUCCUCUUUCCGAUUCCCACCUAUCCGAACUCUUGCAAGCGCCACCGAGAGUCGCAAGGCCGCAAGCGCAGCUCAAACCCAAGUCGACACAUCAGCCAUGGAAGCGCCAUUCUUUGCCGAUGAGCCUGUUGGGCCCAAGGUAGUCACACCUAUUCCAGGCCCCAAGAGCCAAAAGGCCAUUGCGGAGCUGGACAGUGUGUUUGACACCCGGAGUUUAAAUAUGCUGGCGAAUUACCAGCAGAGCUAUGGCAAUUACAUCGCAGACUUGGACGGAAACGUCCUUCUGGAUGUGUAUGCCCAGAUUGCUUCCAUUCCCGUUGGCUACAGCAACCCGGCACUUCUGCUGGCGGCCACAUCCCCCGAGAUGGCCUCUGCUCUGAUCAACAGACCUGCUCUGGGCAACUUCCCUCAGCACGACUGGGCCUCCAUCCUGAAGACUGGUAUACUCCGAGUGGCACCAAAGGGCAUGAACCAGGUUUUCACGGCCAUGGCCGGAUCGGAUGCCAACGAGACCGCAUACAAGGCCGCUUUUAUGUGGAGGCGACAAUAUGAGCGCGGCGGUCCACAUGUUGAAUUCACUGCGGAAGAGACCGACAGUACCAUGAACAAUCAAAAGCCAGGAUCACCCGACAUGUCAAUCAUGUCCUUUAAGACUGCGUUCCAUGGACGUCUGUUUGGAAGCUUGUCCACUACUCGCAGCAAACCCAUUCACAAGAUGGAUAUUCCAGCCUUUGACUGGCCUCAGUGUUCCUUCCCCAGUCUGAAAUAUCCCCUAGACGAGCACGUGGGGGAAAACGCAGCUGAGGAAAAGAGAUGCUUGGAAGAGGCAGAGCAUAUCAUCAAGACGUAUCACAAUCCUGUGGCGGCUAUUAUUAUUGAACCCAUCCAGUCCGAGGGCGGUGACAAUCACGCAAGCCCCGCUUUCUUCAAAGGUCUUCGAGACAUCACUCGACGAAACAAUGUCCUUAUGAUCGUCGACGAGGUCCAGACUGGCGUGGGUGCGACCGGCAAAUUCUGGGCACACGAGCACUGGAACCUGCAGGAUCCUCCUGACAUGGUCACCUUUUCCAAGAAGGCGCAAACAGCAGGAUACUAUUUUGGCAAUCCUGAACUUCGACCUAAUAAGCCAUAUCGGCAAUUCAACACUUGGAUGGGUGACCCAGCUCGGGCACUUCUCUUCCGCGCCAUUAUCAAUGAAAUUGAGAGAUUGAACCUGGUGGAGAACACGGCCAUGGUGGGUGACUACCUCUAUGCAGGCAUCGAAAGAUUGGCCCAACAAUACCCUGAACAAUUCCAAAAUCUCCGAGGCAAAGGUCAAGGCACUUUCAUUGCCUUUGACAGCCCCAAGCGUGAUGAGUUCUUGGUUAGAGCCAAAACUCUCGGAAUCAAUAUCGGCGGCUGUGGUGCUUCUGCUGUCAGACUUCGACCUAUGCUGAUCUUCCAGAAGCACCACGCAGAUAUCCUUCUUGAUGCGUUUGAGAAGUUGGCCAAAUUACUUUGA